GGGCUCAUAGGCAGCACUUCAUUACUGUCUCCUCGCCUGGUGCUGACCGCCUUGUGUGUUUGGCUGGAGACUGUCGCUAUUAUUAUGAGCAGCCUCCAUAAACAAAGUGGAUGCAAUAACUGAUACUUGGCACCUCCCUCACACCGAAAUGAGCAUAGAAACAGUUCUGAUGUGUGUUUACGAGUGACUAGUGUGAUGUACGUUAAGAUAUUGUCGCUGUUACCAUGAGCAGCCUCGGGAAACAGUGGACAAAAUGGCUGAGGCGUGGUAACUCCCUCGCACAUCUAAACAAACACAGAAACACUUCCUUUGAACGGAUCCCACGAGUGACCGGCUACAUUGUGAGUGAAGGAAAUAAUUCUCUAAGUGUACGAGUGAGAUCUGAUGGUUUGUUAUGAUUUCUUGGCAUCGCAACACGGAUAAAAACACUUCAUUUUGUCUAAGUGGAGUCUACAAUAACUAUCAUAACUCACUUUCAGGGGUGAGUGGCGAGUGAGUCGCGUCACCGGCCCUGACCCGCUGAAGAGCCAAGGGUCCUCUAAGCAUAACAGGGGUCGCUGGGAGCGUUGUCCGGGACUCCGCCGCCCAGCGAGACAAGACCUCAUUCCUUCCUCCGUGCUAAGUUGCGGCAGCGAACACUUUACGCAGGAUCUUCAGCAGAUUAAGGUACCCUCCCUCCCUCUCGAAGUACGCAGCCUUCCCUCACCAUGCGCCCCACCGAGAUGAGAUGGUAUGCGGCCGUCGUGCUGGUCCUCGCGGGUUUGGCAGCGGCGCAGGAGAAUCUAGCAGGCCCCGUGGAGAGCCAUAACGUGGGCCGCAAGAAUGGAGCCACCAGUCCCGUGACUCCUUACGGCAAACGGUACGGCGGCUCAGCGAGGAAUGACGUGACGGUGAGGCGGUACGGCGCGUCGAAUCCCAACGGCAACCACAAUAUGCACGACGGCCACCGCAUGAUCACCCGCGCUCUCUGGAGGAUCUUCGACGCCCUCAUGCAGAAGAAGGACCACUCGCAGUUGUACGGCCGCAUGGGCUUCGUGGAGGAGGCGCUCAAAAAGAUGAUCUCCGUGGAUUCCCAGCUGGAGGGAGAGAUCGAGAAGCUGAAGGAGAACAUGGGCGUGUGCAUGUCCCAGCUGUCUACGGUGAUGGAGGAGCUGGGUCGCCUGAAGACCUUUAGCACGCGGCUGGAGAUGCUGGAGCAGACUCGCCCUGAGAUGCAGAACCAGGCCGACCAGGAACACGAUGCUGUUUGGGGAUCAGCCGCCGCAUACUCCACCUGCCCGUCUCCGUUCACCCGCAUCGCCAACGAAUGCUUCUACGUGUCCACCGACGAGAUGUUGGGCUGGGAGGACGCUAGGAGGGAGUGUGGUAGGCUGGGUGGGGACCUCGCCUCUCCACGUAACCUUACCGUGCUGAGAGAAUUCCUCGGCAGUGUCCAGGAUCCCCCCGAGUACGUGUGGGUGGGAGGCACCAAGCAGGACGAGGGAACGUGGGUGUGGACUUCAGGCCCUCAGGCUGGCGUGCCCAUCGACAUGAGCAAGAGCACCUGGAACGAGGAAGUUCCCUCCGGCUCCGGCAAGUGCAUGGGACUGUUUGGCCAGAGCUCCUACCGCGCCUACAACUACGACUGCAAGGAGAGGGACUUCUUCGUGUGCCAGUACUUGUUCUAAAGCGCUCCCGGCACCGCCUCGCGGACCUCAUCCCUUCGGCUCAUGGGACCUCAAGCCUCGGAAAGUUUGCGGAUUUCCGUGCUGUUUGUUAAAUCCAUGUCAGCUGUCACGUGGCCGUCAAAAUUUGGUGCAUUCUGAGCAAGCAUAAGGUCACGAAAAUUGUGAAUAGGUUUGCAAUCUAAAUUAAUGACCUCCAGCAACAAAAUGGAGCGUUCAGCAUCAGGCCCAGUGUGGGUGUGCACUGAUCGCCGUGCUCCGCCACGCUCACACCUCACCUGGACAUUUUUCUGCCAAUUUAUGGACGAAAAAUCUUGUGUCAUGGUACCAUAACUUAUGUUCCUUGAUUCUGUUUCCUCGAAGCAUUUUACACUACCCACUCACUGUUUAGCAGGACGGAGGCAGCGCCCCGCCGGCGGGCAUGGGGUCAGAAAGGCCUGGUGAUGAUGUUCGAUGUCUCAAAAGUGUAAAAGUGUCUGUCAUAAUAAACCUUAUCUGAGAAAAAUUAAUAUUAAGACCACAGCUUCCAGCGUAGCCAUUAGUUGUACUCGUACUAGCUGGCGCCGGUAACUACGUAGUCUUUGCCGCGCACGCGACUUGUCCUCACUGUGUAUGGUAAUCUGUAUUUAUUAUAAACGUAGCUGGAACGUAACAAGGAAACCAAAUUGCACUAAUAAAUAAAGUCUUGUAAGAAGUGAUGGUUUAGGGAGAGGAACUGGAACGUGCCUGGGGCGACCCCGCCUCAUCAGGCUGAUGGGAGGGCCGCACGAACACCUUCCUCGGGAGAGGAGGGUGCCACCUCUUGGCGGAAGGAACAAGAGGUGUGGCGCACCCUGCCUUCCCAGCGUCCCCUUGACCAAAUCCGCCAGGCCCUGACGCCCGAGGCCUGCUGCGGCAGCCGCCAGGAGCAGCGGCGCGCGGAGGCGUGCUGGCCCCAACUCCCCUGUAUGUGUACCUGGUCUGAUUGUGUAGCGAAUCAUGAGGCUUAUUCUAAACUUUUUUGUUGUCCUGUCUAAAUUGGAUAAUAUAUGCUUUACUUUUAUACAAUUAAUCAUAGUUUUAUAAAAAUUACUAGGGACUUAAA